GAUACUUUACGAUUACGUUACGCGGCUGUUGUUGUUUUUUGACCCGUGUUGUGUGCGUUCUGUGAGUAGAUACACGGUGUGUAGCUAGUGUGUUACACUUUGGAUUAACACACGUGUGAGACGUGUGAGAGCGUCAUGUAAACUUCAUGGUGUGGGAUAACUUCAUCAGUCACGUGCCCUAACAGUGUAGCCGAGAUCUCGACCAUCGUGACGUCAUGAGCUCUUGUCUCCCUCCCCUCAGGUCGGGAUGCUAGCCUGGACACAGCCCGUCCUUGACCCCAGCAAGACCUCAGCCAUGACCUCCACAUACGUGUCAUUGGUGCCCAGCAAUUUAGCCCGUCCACCGGUCCAGUGGUCAAAGUCUGAGGUGAAAGCAUGGCUCAAGUUCUGUGUGGAGGAGUACUCACUCAGUCCUGUCUGUGUGGACAAGUUCGACAUGAACGGCAAGGCGCUGUGUCUACUGAGGAGAAAAGACUUCAUGGAGAGGGCGCCACAAGCGGGGGACGUUUUGUUCAACGCCUUUCAGCGCCACCUGCAGGACGAGACAGGUUCCGUCUGCAGUCAGCGCUUUCCAGUUCUCAGCUCUCCCGUGCUUAUGACGUCACCUCCCCCAAAUAGCUCAGAUGGCCUACACCAGACCUUCAGGCCACAGUUCAUCACUAUCCUACCUCAGCCACCUAGCCACAUGACCGGCCAUGAGGUAGUGGCCAGCAGAACAAGCCCGGUGGGCCCCACCAGUGCCAGCCCAGUGGGCCCCACCAGUGGCAACCCAGUGGGCCCCAACAGAAGCAACACCACUGUGCCAAGGGAGCAAACCCUACCUUUGGCCCAGACCAUACCUGCUGGAAUCUUAAGCCCUGAGCCUUCAGAAAAAGCUUCAGACAGCGACUCGGGACUAAAUGACAACAGACCAUCACCUAACGUCAGUGAGAACGAUGUUGACUGUGAAGUCUCAAGCUGUGGGGGCCCCAGGUUUGAGCCGGGGAGCCCAGGGGAAGAUGGGGUCUGCCGUCUGCUGUGGGAGUUCAUCUACCAGCUGCUGCAGGACGUCAAGUACUCGCAGUACGUCUGCUGGGAGUCUGAGCCAGAGAUGACCUUUAGGAUCAACAACCCCACUAGCCUGGCAGAGUUCUGGGGGCACCAGAAGAACAGGAACAACAUGACAUACGAGAAGCUUUCCAGGGCCUUAAGGUAUUACUACAAAAUGGAAAUAAUCAAAAAAGUUCCUGGCAAACGCUUGACGUACCAGUUUCUACAACAUCCAACCAAAAUUCGUAAAGGUCAGCGCGGCGCUCGCCCCCACUCGAGCAGGUCAAUGCUGCAGUCUGAGACGGAUGGAGAUGGAGACUCCCCACCCCCGGCUGACCCCAGCCUGAAGAGUACUGGGCACAACUGUAACGAGCGGGUCAGUCCGCAGACCAAACUUGAACCAGAUUACGCUGUCAGACUUCAGGAGACCUCAAAAUGUCUGGUGGAGCCUGCGCAUUCAGCAGACUGGCCAGACAGGUCUUACAUCAAACUUUCCCAGUCCCCAGUUGACCCCAGCGCUCUCAGCUGCUACCAGCACCAGCUGACCAGUGGGGAUUUAGAUACAGGCACGGGUCCUGUGCCCAAGUACCAAAGCCAUUCAGACAAUCAGAUGCACCAUACAACACCCACACCCUACUUGUCCAGUGGAUAUGUUGCUGAACAGAGAAACUGCCAUAGCUCUGACAGUAAGCCAACUGACCAAGACAGCUAUGAGAACAAGCUGACCUCUCUGCAGCGAUCUGCGUCGCUUUCUCCAUCUCUCCCCUCCGCCAUUUCUCAAAGUGAGUUUCAGACAGAGUUUAAGUUUAGACCCAAACAUCGCAAUCAUCGCUUUACACCUUACACUGACCCGUCACUGACCUCACCCACUGACCACAGAACUGGGAGCCCACCUUACUACUCACACUUUGACCACCUGGUUCCACAAGCCCACCACAAUUCUUUCAAGUGUCGCCAAAGUUUUCAGGAUGAGCCAGAAGAUUUGUCGGUCAGGACCAGCCAUCCAACAGUUCCCUCUGGCCAUACAACAGUUCCAUCUGGCCAUCUAACAGUUCCCUCUGGCCAUCCAAUAGCUUUCCCUAAGAACCUAAAUUUCUCUUCUCAAUGUGAGGAUGCCAGGAACAUCACCACACAGUCAGGUACCCAUGUUGUACCAUAUUGCUUUGUGGCAGCAAAAAGUGUUGAUAAUUCUACAGCAAAAAGUAUCAAUAAUUGUACAGCACAAAGUGUUGAAAAUUGUAAACAAUCAGUUGAGGAAAACUUUACCACCAGUUUGAAUGACCAAAGCAUAAGGACAACAGCGUAGGUAUGGUCACCUAAGUACCCAAGUUGUUUCAACAUGCACUGCCUUUCUGUUGAGUUCAAACAAAAUACAGCAUACAAACAAUAUUGGUCGAAAUUUUGGCUGUCAAAUGCUAUUGCAUUGUGGUAAAAGUUUUGGACCAAACUUUGUGGUCUAAUUUUUGGCCCAAACAUUUUGGCCCUGAUAUCUGAACAAAGAAGCUUCUUGUGCCUUGCUGGGUAAAACCUUAGUUUAGCGUCGGAAAUUAUCAGUAAUGUUUGUUGAGUUUCGGUAACUAGAGUUACGGUAAACCAUGGUUUAUUUGACCAUUAAAAUAUAAAUAAAUUGAAAGUCGAUUGUAGUAAAUGAAUGUUUUAUUUUUUUAAGUUUAAUCAACAAAAGGAAAAAAGAAUAACUAUAAUAUUAGAUUUAAAUUAGUAGAUCUAAAAAUAAAAAAACAUAUUAAUAUAAAUAAUGAAGUCAAAUGUAAUAAUUUAAUGUUUUUGGCUUGCAGCGGAUUUGCGACCAUUAAUUAAUUAGAUCUAGAUCUAGCUAGCUGCAAGGCCAAGUAAAAAAAAAUCUAGUUAUAACUAGUUAUAUGAAAUGAGUAAUAAAGCAGUAUUUAACAUGCAAUUAAAAUAAAUCUAUCCAAAUUUUAAACGUUCUGUAUUAAAAAUAAAAGAUGACGCCAAAUAAAGUAUGGUUUACAGUACUUCCUGUGGAUACCGGAACUGUGUGACAGACUUUGCCAUUGUUAUUGUUUUUUACUGCUAUAUGAUUCCGGAAUAAUAACAGACGCUAAACUAAGGUUUUACCCCUUGCUGUACUCACUAAACCUUCUCAUUAGUUAUCCAGGCUACAACCAAUGCCAGAAAGAUAUUCAGCCACAGUGUGGAAGGGCUCAGCGAAAAAAGGGUUCAAUAAACCUUUAUAAAUAUAGACUCAUAUCCUGUUGACUUGGUUAAAGUUAAAAUAUAAAUUCUCUCAACCAGGAGAAGGCUUGUGGUAAAAAAAUGUGAUUUAUUCUAUUGUAAUGUUACAAAAAUCUGAUAUGUUUUAGCAGAAUUUUCAGUACACCUAACCAUGAUUUAAGUAUGGUAAGUGUGUGAGACUGUUCAAUGUCUAUAAUUGCCUCUUGUAAAUAAAGACAAGAAAAUAGAUAAACACCCAAAUUUUCUGGUCCAAACAGCUGACAAUACCAGACAGUGAGGGAAUAUUGUUUGAACUGCAGACAUUGUCUAUUUUAACCCCUGAACUAGUGCUCAAUAUAGUGUGAUAACUUUGUGUACAUUUUGUUUGUUUAAAACCUGUGUACAUUUAAACACAUUUGUAUGAUGUGUAAACAUUUUUACAUCCUGUACAUUUAUUUUAAAAAUGUGUGCAGCUUAAACAUUUAAACAAAUUUUGUGCAACUUGUACAUUUAAAUACAUAUUUAUGUGUUGAUUCAGUAAUAUGCUGUUGUUUAUCAUAUCUUAAAAUUAUUUUAUCCCUUGUUUUUUGUAUGCAUUUAUUUUGUUUAAAACCGGUAAAUAGGAUAAUUCUGUGAUUAAUUUAAAACAAGAGAAUUGCUAAUAUGAAGCAUUUUAAAAUCAAAAUACUAAAUGCGUUGAUAAAAUGUGUGCCUGAAUGUGUACAGACAACUUAAGACCAGACACAUGGGUCAUUUUAUCAAAAUUUUCAUUUCUUCAAGACAUGUUGGACUUUCCUGUGUUUAUUACGUUAGCUGGCAGCAUAGCUGUAAUGUGCUAGCUGGCAGCAUACCUGUAAUGUGCUAGCUGGCAGCAUACAUGUAAUGUGCUAGCUGGCAGCAUAGCUGUAAUGUGCUAGCUGGCAGCAUACCUGUAAUGUGCUAGCCUGCAGCAUACCUGUAAUGUGCUAGCUGGCAGCAUACCUGUAAUGUGCUAGCUGGCAGCAUACCUGUAAUGUGCUAGCUGGCAGCAUACCUGUAAUGUGCUAGCUGGCAGCAUACCUGUAAUGUGCUAGCUGGCAGCAUACCUGUAAUGUGCUAGCUGGCAGCAUACCUGUAAUGUGCUAGCUGGCAGCAUACCUGUAAUGUGCUAGUUGGCGGCAUAAAAUCCACUGUGGUUUAACCUGCCUGCUAACUGCCUUGUACUAUUAAACCAAUGCAGCUGUCAAUGUAUGACUUGAUUUGGUUUCAUGGGAUACCUGUAUUUUUAUCAAUACUGUGACAAUUGAAGAGCCUUAUUGUACUUAGCUGAUAUCAGUGUAUAUGUGUGUAUAGAUGGCCUUUUGACAUUCCUAAAAUAGACCACCAUCAGCAGUGAGAUAUUAAAACAGUAACUCAAUGCUACAUAGGGAGGUGAUCAAUGGUGGGCCCAGCAUCUCUAGUGUGUACAUUUGGUUGUACACAUGAUUACAGUAGCUGGACUCACAUGUUUGUUGUGUACACAGUUGUGAGUCGUACACAGUUGUGAGUCCAACUACUAUAUUCAUGUGUACACCUAUGUAUGUGACUACAGUGUGUACACAUUAGUGUCUAACCACCAGACUUGUACAAACUUUUACCAUUUUGUGUACUUAUGUCUCAAACUAUUCAGAUAACAGAAAUAAAUGAUCCAAUACUUGA